AUGCAGUGCUUGGCUGUGUUGGAGGUCACCAAGAAAGACUUCCUGGCUGUCAUGUGGAAGCUAAGUGGGCUGGGGAUGGAGUCGGAUGAUCGACAGGAGGCUCUGCUGAGAGCUCUGCAGCAGAGAGCGGUGCAACAGGUUCAGAUGGGGGUUGUGAUCCUGUCAGCCAACCGUAAGGAUAAAUACGAUUGCGUGAAGAAGUACCUGUGUGUGGACUGUCCCACUCCAAGCCAGUGUGUGGUGGCUCGCACCCUCAGCAGACCUCAGACCCUCAUGACCAUAGCCACAAAGAUCUCCUUGCAGAGGAACUGCAAUAUAUAAAUAUAUAAAUAUCUGAUCUUGUAACUGAUCAACAGUGGCACCUCCUAACCCUGAUGUUAUUCUAUUAAAACAUUGUUUUAGUGACUUCUCCUGCUCUUUCAGUUGAAGCACCUGAUGAUGUUUGUAUCGACUGCUACCACGACAGUGCCGCAGGAAAGAGAUCCAUCGGUGCACUGGUGGCCAGCCUCAACCCGGGCAUGUCCAGGUACUUAAAGCAUGACUUGUGUGGACUCUGUAAACAGCUUUAAGAAGGCUUGUGUUUAAUGAACUAGAUUUUAGAUUUGAACUUUUCCACCAGUCUUCAGAAGAGAGGGCAUUACCCUUUGUGGUUCAUCGUAACUUUAGGAGAGAGAAAAAGUACAAUAUCGUUCUUUUAAAAUGAUUAAAAAUGGUUCUCUUAAUCUCACACACUGUUCUCUGUAUUUCCAUUUCCUUCCGGUUGAAGGACAGAAUCACAAUUUUUUUUAGACUUGAAUCCUCUGAACGUUGUUUUCCUCGCUGCUACCGCCACCUUCAUCUUCCUCAUAAAGGGUCUGGGCCAUGCUCUGUAUGCUAUGUGCUCUGUAUGCUAU